AUGCCUCACCUCGAUGCCGGACGCGUUCACGUCGGGCGAGGGCGGACAGAAUGUACGGGCUUCAAUAUCAGCUCUAUGAGCGGUGUUCUUGGCACCCAGGCCUACAAGCGGUACUUCGGCAACCCGAUCUCGUACCGACAAGGCGGCAUCACUGCCUUCAUGUCCGCUGGCUAUCUUCUCAAGGACCAAUCUACAAGGAUCGGACACGCAACGUCAGAGGUUGGAUCGCUGUCCACGGGCGUUGACGCCAUAGCCUCCCAGGAAGGUGAUGACAUAAACGAUUUGCCAGCAUCCUUCUCGGUCAUCUCGAUGGACGAUGCUAUGACAGGUGCUAAACAAUCGCUCAUCAUGGAUGUCGAACCCGAGGCGGCCUUGUCCCAGUCACUCGGAAACACCAGCGACACUGCCAAGUCUGACGAGGACGAGAGUUGGUUGAUGAUGGACGAGGACGAGUCCUAG